CAGUAAUGCUCACAUUUCUUAUGAAAAGAACGCACUUAUGCGGACCUUACCUUUGUAAACUCCGGGUUUCCGCAAGCUCCACAAUGCGCUGCAUGUGGUCUAUAAAGGCUGCACACUUCCACCAACUGACCCACAGGAUAUUCACCCAGUGAGGAGAGAACAGACAUGGCUAAGGAAAACUAUAUCCAGAUCCUAACCCACAUUCGGCGAAAUCGUCAGCUGACUCCCGAGAAAUUCUAUGAUCACUGGGAAAACGUGCAUGGCCCGAAAGUCAUACCUUGGGCAGAAAAGCAUGGUAUUGUGCAAUAUCAGCAGAUCCAUUGCGCUGGUCGAAUGGUCCCCUCCGCUGCUUCAUCGUCUGCUCCCAAUGCAGUCAAUCAGUCUGCACUUCCUAGCGAGCCUAUCGAAUUUGAUGGGAUAGCCAUUUUUCUUGUCAAGUCACUCGAUAGCUUCCUUGAAGCGUUCAAAGAUCCGUACUACACCCAUGUUAUCGAACCUGACGAGCAGACUCUACUUGACAAAGAUGGACCUGGAGGCGGUGUCGUAGCGAGUUGGCAAGGCAAAUUGGUCUCAAUGACGAAAGAUGGGAAGAGCGUGCGGGGAGAGAAAGGAGACAAGUACAGGAACCUCUUCUGGCAGUGGGAACGGAAAGAGAAGUAGCUUUUCUCCCUGAUGUACCGAAUUCAGGAUCCCGAUGUUUUUCGCGGGGUUGCAUGCCUGCACAACGCUAGUGGAUUACAUAGAUCUUGCGGGGAUGCAAAUCUACCCCGACGCAUCGGAACUUUCUCCGCCACAUCAAGACGCCAGAUCGAAAUCAUCCGUUGAAAAAAAGACCAGAAGCAUUCCCAGCUGCUUCCCCAUUCACUAGUC